UAAGAUUAAGCACGUAUGCCGGCAUGCCCACGACCAAGGAGGGGAUCAAGCAAGAAGAGAGCAGUCACUUUCACAGGUAUUUAAAUUUCAAAAUAAGAGCAUGGAACCACACAAGAAUGCUGAUCAUACUACCGAAAGGCCGCUUUAUGCAAAAUUAUCUGCUCAACACAGGGAGAGCUUUGCCUUUGCUACUGUCAGUAAGCGUCUACCUGUGAUUCUGACCAAGGUUAUUGAUACAGUCUACAAGUACAGGAAAGAUGCACAGGAGUUACAUGGCCAGCAAGGGGCUGAAGACUGCAAAUUCAUUGUUGGCAAGCUGUCUGCUCUCAAGAACUGCAUGCAAACAGACAAAGCCCUAGAAAAGCUCACAGAUGAUCGUGAGGAUGUAGAGCUUUGGAAUGGGUACUUAGAUGAUGAGACGGAGCGUUGCGGAGGAAACAAACCCAGAUGGUUCAAGUCGGCUUGGCUUUAUGUUGAGUGCUACAUGUACAGGGCCAUCAAUGAAGCCAUAACCCUGAGCCAAUGUCUAAAAACCUUUGACCCCUUUAGAGAUCAGAAACAAACUGCCCUGCUAUCUUCCCAUGAUGCAGUAUGCACUCUAACCUCUUACCUAGACGAGGCAGUCAAGGUGCCAGCCUCUUUUGAAAAGUUUGCUGAUAUUCUUCAGAUAUCUCUGUGGGGGAACAAGUGUGACUUAUCUAUAUCGGCAGGAAUUGAAAACUCCCAGAAGAUAAGUCCAGUGGCUCAACUGGCCACUUUACAACCCUACAUUCUGGCGGACAACAUCCACCAAGUAUGGCAGACUCUAUGUGGUGCCAAAGCAUCCCAAAUCUCCCCUGAUAAGAAGGUCAGACUAGAUGUAGUCUUGGACAAUGCCGGUUUCGAGCUCCUCACAGACUUGGUCCUUGUGGACUACUUACUUCAGGUCAGGCUCAUCGAUGAAGCACAUUUCCAUCUGAAAGCAAUGCCUUGGUUUGUUAGUGAUGUCAUCAGGUUUGACUGGGACUGGACGCUUCAGCAAUUGCAGGAGAACAAAGACGCAGCUGUGUCGUCUCUGGGGCAGCGCUUCCAGGAUCGGCUCAGAAGCGGUGUCUGUAUACUGCACGAUCAUCUCUUCUGGACUACUUGCUAUGAUUUCUGCGAUAUGAAGGUGGUGGCUCCGGAACUCUUUCAGGAACUAAGUUACGCUGAUCUCCUUCUCUUUAAGGGAGACCUCAACUACCGCAAGCUGGUGGCAGAUCGCUCCUGGCCACACACCACACCCUUCGAAGAUGCCCUAUGUGGCUUCCACCCGGCACCCUUGUGUGCUCUUAGGACACUGAAAUCUGACACCGUUGUUGGAUUGAAAGAAGGAUUGAGCGAGAAGAAAGAGGCAGAGGAUAAAGACUGGAUGGUCACGGGACAGAAUGCGGUUAUUCAGUUCUGCAACAAAAUUGUCCAAUUGAGUCCUUGACAGGAGUAAGAAGAUGACUAUAUCCAAUCAUGUGUGUGGAUCUUUAUUUCAAUUGUAGGUAAUGUGGCAUAUUGCUGGGAUUCGUUAACCAACUCAAAUGACUAGCAUAAUUAUACUUACAGAAGCAGUAUAUAAACAUAUAUAUUGGGGUAAUAUCUUCAGUUAGAAAAAAAUUAUUGUUAAACCAGAAGUUUAACCUCAUUGGCUGAAAUUUGUGACAUUUCAAAAACAAGAUUCUAGAUAAUUUAAUUUAUUUGCCAGUGAUAUAUAUAUAUUUUACUUAUUUUUUACUUCAAUACAUCGUUUUGAAGACUCUUUGGUUAGAUAUGGACUAUAAAUUUUAUACAAAAUACGGAUUAGUGGCAUUCUUUCACAUUUGAUUUCUAUCACAAACCUUUGUGUUAGGGGGUUCUGGUGCAUUGCUUCUUUCAAAUCCUUUCAUGUAUUUAUUGUGUUAUAUUCUCUAAUUUUCUUUCAAAGUCCUUAUCCUUAUUUAUUUUAAUAAACUAAUUAAUGAUAAAUUGCAACUUGUUUUGUAACAGGGAAAUGUUCCAGAAAUGAUCUUAAUCAGUAUACGUCUGCAGUGAUGAUUUAUUUUCAUGCAUCUUUAAAAAAUCAUUCUAUUUGAUGAAAUUCAAUCACUUUCUUAUUUGCAAAAUAGGCAUUAAUGAAUAUUUUGUCAAGCAACAGGGUAAGUUAAAAAAAGUGAUAUUUGCAAUACAUACACUUAUGUAUCUAUUCAUGUUAAAAAAGAAAUUGGCUCAGGAGUUCAACUGGUAUCUUCUGUUUUAACAAUAUAUAGAAUUUGGAACAUCUUUGAAUUUAUUGUUUGAAAAUUAUAUUAUUCGUAUGAAGGUGUGCAAAAUAGAACAUAUGGUAUUUGUUCUUGAAGGUGUUUGGAAAAUGUUAUACAAGUGCACGGUUGAGAAAGGGUAAAUUUCAAUCUUUUUCUUUGUUAGGAGAUCUUAUGAUGACUCUUCUAGUAAUAUUAUUAUAUUAUUAUUUCCUCUACAUAAUAAUAUUUAUGAUGGCGAAAAUAGUCAAAUUGACUGGUUGCUAAAUACAAACAAUAACCCCACCACCCCCCCCUUAACGUUAGGCUAAGAUCUGAUGUUGACACUGCUGCUGUCGCCCAACCUAACAUUAUGUUUUUGAAAUGACAUCAUAACUUAUCUAUAUAGACCUAAAUGUGGAUAUAGGGGUAAUCAAGUGUCACU